CUAAAUAGAGCAUUUUCUAAACGUGUCCUGCAGUUGUGAGCCCAGAGUGGAUUAUUUAGGGUUUUCCUAUAAAUAAACUGCGCUAGAUCUUCUCAUCGGCCUCUCCGAAUUCGGCUCCGGAAUGUACCUUUUUAACCUUUAAACGACUUAAGCUCAUAACUAAUCCUGUCUACCGAAAUGUAUAAAAUGUUAAUGAUUAACUUCCUAGCGCCAUAUGUCAAGAAGCUACGUUGUCGUCAACGUUGUUUUAGUGCAGUUGGUGUAUAUAUAAAGCCAGGAAAGGAAUUUUAUUAAACUGUAUAUCAGACCAGCAAAGUAGCAUUAUUCUUAAACUAAUGAAUUCAGCAGAUGCCUGAUAAUAAAUUCUUCCCCGUUUUUAAAAUCUCAAUUGAAUGCAUCCACCCACUGAGUGGUGACUAAGGUUGUAUGUCUUCCUUAAUGUAACUGGAAUACUUGCAAUAUUUUAAAUCUCUCAAGAUGAGGCAAGUCUUGUUAUACUGGCCACUGGUAUCAUGCUGAUAUUUUUUGGUUUGUUUUUAAUGCUUUAAAUUUAUUUUUCCUGUAAUUACUUUUUAAUUACUAAGUUUAUUGCAGACCUGUAUGGACGCAUGAUCAUUUUACUAUUCUGAAAUGUGUCUCUGGGUUUGGUUCGGGACUACAAUUCUUUUUUGAAUGCCAAUGUAACUUGAAUUCAUACGUGAGAUCUUUGAAUUGGAAAAUAGGUUCACUGGAAACUCAGACAUUCUAGCUGUUUUUAAAUGCCAAAUAUUUGUUUACAUAAGACAGCUGGGAGUAUAGGCAGCAGCUGUUUAUGUAGAUUUGGUUUUCAAAAAAAUGUAUUCCAUUCUAGGCUUGCGGUACAGGUCGUAACAGCAAUUCAUGAUGUCAUCGGGAGUCAUUUUUGGAAAAACAAAGGACCGGCUUUUGGUUUCAGACACGCAUAAUGUUAUAGGUGUUUCCUUGCUUGGCAUUUGCUGUUUGUGGGGAUAUUUCUUUUAAAUUAAAUGUGAUUUUUUUUUUCCUGUAUGUGACGGAUUUCUCAAAUUAAAUGUGAUUUUUCUUCUGUAUGUGAUGGAUACAUGAAGAUUUAUUGGAGCAGUACAUUUGAAAGGGGCUCUAUCUGAAUACCCUGGAAUGUACCCUAACCCUAACCCAUUUCUCUUGAAUGUAUGGACGUGCCUGAUCAGGCUCUUGGUAAUUAGAUAUUCUGUAGGCCGGCAGGUGGCUACCAAAUUUCCAUGGCUGUGUUUGACAUGCUUUCUGCUUCAAGGUCUCAUUUUUUAGCAGUAGUAGCAUUUAUCUUACAUGGUGUUUCCUUAAUGAAUUCUGAAAUUGCAUAGGAAAUCAAAUGAUCUAUGUGAAGUUAUCUGAAUUGGCAUGUAAUUGAUAUUAAGGUGUAUAUUUCUGGCUUGGGGUUGCCUGUAUUCCAAUUUUUUAUAUGCGUUUCUUCAAAUUCACUUUGUUGCUAUCUUACAAUGUUAAAUGUAGGUGACAAUUGCUCAGUGAGUUUGAUAUUAUUCUGAAAUUAUCAUGAGAUUUUUAAACAAAUUAUUUACUGUAAGUAUGUGUGUGUUUGUGCUCAUUGAGUAAUAGUCCCCUGCCUUUCUCUUGGUGUACCCGGCAGCUAGUUACCUAGCUUUUUAAACAUGUCUAACCUGCUUGAUGGCAAAGGUUAAUCUGGUUUCUAUUAUUGAAGGGGAAAAAAAAAUACCUUCCCAUCAUCUUCCCGUAAAUAACAUUUUGUUUGUGGUGAGGGAAAAAGGCUGGUAAUGAAUCUGGUUAUAAGAUAUUCAGCAAUGACUUUGGUUUUUUUUUAGCUAUUCAUUAACUGUAAAUAUAAAAUGAGUUACUUCCUGAUGGUUACUCAGAUGUAUCGUAUAUCCCUAGUAAACAGGUAUGAUUGAUAUUCCUUUGUUUUUGUUUUUCAUUGGAAUGCUUAUGAUCGAUGAAGAAAUUGCAGUCCCUUUUAGAUGACUUAACUUCCUGUUUGUGCCAAGCUGCCUGUUGGUGGCAUGAAUUGCCAUUUAUAAAUAAAUACCAGGACUGCUGACAAAUUGAAAUAAUGUUGCUACUCCAAAUUGUGUUUUCUUGGUGUCUGUCUGGCCCUCGCGUUGUUUUAAUAGUGUUGGAUGUUUUUAUGGCUUUCCCCGAGUAGCGCUUAAGUUUCUGUACCCCUUUUUGGUAGUGACUGAAGUGAAUGAUUCACCAGGACCGGCUGCCCAAGUGCAUAGUCGGUGUCCUGCUCUCGAAAGCGGGGAAAGGCUGCUGUUUGCGUGGGAUGGAGCUGCUGGGCUGCAGGUCGCUCGGCUCCCAGCCGUGUAGCUCCCGGUGCCCCUGCCGCUUUGAUGUAGGCUCUGCUGGCUCAGCACCCGGCCGCCCUCGCUUCCGUUACAGCCGGAGCGGCCGCAGUAUUCCUGGGGAUGAAUUUGGGUCAAGGAGAGGUGGCUUGUCUGCCUCGCAGCCACCACUGUAUGGGGAUGCAGGGUGCCAGCGAGUUUGUGAAUCACCCCCGUGUUGAACGGGAGGGUGUUGGUACUGGAGAGCUACCUCAUCUCUGUGUCUCUUCAGGUCUGAAUUUCCCUUCUUGGAAUGCACCCUUAUAGGGAAAAUGAGACAUAUUAAUAUUCAUAUGGUUGUGGAUGAGUUGGUGGGAAGGUGCUUCAAACAAUUAUUAGCAUCAGUACAUUGUAUUUUUUAUUUUUUUUUGUAAAGUACAGUUUGUUGUUAUUGAUAGAUAUGUGGCUUUUGUAGGUUUUUUUGUCCUUUUUUUUUUUUUUUUUUAAGGCCAGUGAUCUUUCAUUCAUUGAAUUGGUUGGCCGAUGGGGGCAGCAUGAUAUCCAUCAGUCUUUGUUGCUAAGUGAUGGUAUUGGUUGGACGCGGAUGGUAAAAAGUACCUGGUAGCUGACCUGUUUUAACGGCUGUUAAUGGAACAUUGUAAGCAUUUCAUAAACAUUUCAGUGCGGAGACCAUAUUUAAGGUUUAAGCGUUUGAUUAGUCUCUCUGUGCUCAUUCAUGUUGUACCCAGUUCACUACUGCUUUUAGAAGAAUGUUGUAGUACUUUUGUGGGUAAUUAUACUUGUAUAUGGCCAGAAGUGUUUUUUUUUUAUAUAUUAAAUUGUAAUUGUGUAUUUUAAAUCAAUGAUUGAAUAUCGAUAAGAGUGAGGAGCUAAUAAAAUUGCUCAAACUAAGUUGGUGUCUUGCAGAGUGAAACAGUAAGGUUUUUCCUAGCAUUGCUACCAUCUAACCAGGCUGGGCCGUCUCCAAGAUGGCCGUUAAUUGACAGAGAGAUUUUGCCUUUGACCUUUGCCGUAAUUAGCUCCUCAACACUCAGCACAGUUAAGCUAGCUAGAAGUUUAGGUAAAACAUUAUGACAUUACACAGGAAGGGGUAGGAAGGUAGUUAACAAAACUGACGUCAAAAGUUCGCCCGUUUUGUUUUUCUGCUGGUUUUGUUCAACCGUUUUGCAUGUCAUACACAAAACUGUCCGUUAAUUCAGUUCCCGAGAAUGUUCUGGAAUAAACACUUAUUCAUAGUGUGCUGGAGCUGACUAGUGAGGGACUUUUUGCAGCAAGGCAAGUCACAACGGCAAACCACAAUGACCUAAUCCAUUCAUAAAACACUUCAGGUUUUGUUCUAAAAGCAUGUACAGAACAGCUCGUUAAUAUGUAGGAGCCACAAAACAAGAUUUUCUUGCAUCGUAGAAAAGCCUAAGACAUUUUGAAUUAAUGUUCAUUAAAUUAAUGAAUCUGUUUUCAUAAGAAUUAAAACAGAAAAAUCAGUUUUCAUGGGUUUUUUUUUUUGUCACUUGGCUUGUAAUGAAGGCAGAAUUCAAUUAACUGAUUUUUCUUUUGCCAUAAUGAGGAGAAACAUCCACAUCUACUUGUGUUUUCUAUUUUAUUCAGUAGCUGUUCUCAUCUGAAGGGUCAGAGCUUAUAAUGUCACACUUCUGUGUAGCUUGAUAUGUAAUUUUAAAUAAUGCAAUGCUUCUGAGAUGGUUAUAUGUCUAAAUGGUAUUUCAAUGGAAAAUACUUACCAAAUUUCAGUAUUCAAACGAUUUUUGGUUAAGGUGAGUAUGCUAAAGAUCUCUAAUCAGGGUGAGAUGCUUUUACUUCAUGUUUUAAUGUCAUGAAAAUGCAAAAGUGAACAUUAAAUUUAACAUCUCUCUAAAAAAAUAUGAAUUUGUACUGAACAUAGCACUGAAUGUCUGGAAAAAAAAUCUGAUCCGUCAAAUAACUUAAGUGUCUGAGUGUUGACUCUUGGAAUAUGCUUAUUCUUCAAUACAAUAUGUACUGGAAAUUAUUAGUAAAGAAUGUAAGCGUUUCUUUACUUUAUGACUGUUGCCAUGGUAGCACUGUUAGAGGAUUAGUACAGAAAAUAGUGGCAAGUCUGUCCUGGCUUUUCUGAAAAAUAGUUUGCGUUAUAUUUAGCAGACGAUUCACCCCCAUUGUGAGGGUUACAUUUUGAUGUAGAUACCUUUGUGGAAAUAGAAUAUUUGUUCAGAAAUGAUGUAAUGCAAACCAAACCUUUUUUCAUUUUUUUUUUUUAAAUCUGCCCUAAUUUCCCUGGUAGUGUUUGAAGGUGUGUAGGGAGAUCUUGGGUGCCUGUGGUUGCCCAGUUUCGCAUGCUGGAAAAACUGGAGCAUUUUUACUGCUUUUGUGGAAGGGAUAAUUAAUGCCAGAGAGAACUGUUACAUUUCUUGGUUGACAGUGUUUGGGGAAGUUCAAAACUAUGUAUUAAGCAGCUAGGAAUCACUCUGAUUUGUGCUGAUUGUGUCUGAGCGUAUGGUUCAAAGUCAAUGCCGUCUGUUAUGGGGGGUUGGGGGGGGGGGCGGUUAGCAGGAUAAAUAGCUCCCUGUAGCCAUUUCCAGUCAACCAAAGUGACUUGACUGAUGCUGUUAGGGCAUUGUCAGGAGUCAGCGCCUUUCAAAGUAAACAGGCAGACAAUGUUUUGUUGUCUUUCCUAAGGGCUGUUUGACACGGAUGAGUUUGUUUGCAAAGAGGCCGACCCUGCACGGUUUCUGUGGUUGGCAGCGCGUUGCUGGGCUCUUCAUGGUGCAGUGCCUGCCGUGACAGGUGUCUGGAAAGUACCCAUCCAGACGGUGCGUUUCCCCAAAUUAAUCUGCUCUUGUUUUUGCUGUGAAACAGCUGAAUUUUGACCUAUAAUACAUUACGAUGCCGUUCCUGUGCAGCCCAGCUUCGUCAUCCGCUCCUGUCAGCAUCCGUCGAUGGUAAGAAGCCACGCUGACUGCAGCACGCCGUUGUCCACCCCGGGCGCCACUAACAGCCCGUGCCACGGCAUGGAGGCACCCACGGCGGAGCGCAGGGCCCCCGAGAAGCCGGCCGACGCGGGCGCCGAGCCGAGAUCUCUCCCAGCGCAGCCUCGCAAGAAGAGGCCCGAGGACUUCAAGUUCGGGAAGAUUCUCGGGGAGGGCUCCUUCUCCACAGUUGUGCUGGCAAGAGAACAGUCAACAGGAAAAGAAUUUGCAAUUAAAAUUCUGGAAAAGCGGCACAUAAUGAAGGAGAACAAAGCACAGUAUGUAAAGAGGGAGAGAGACGUGAUGUCAAAUCUAGACCACCCGUUCUUCGUCAAGCUGUACUUCACGUUUCAAGAUGACGAGAAGCUGUAUUUUGGGCUUAGCUAUGCUAAAAAUGGAGAGCUGCUUAAAUACAUUCGCAAAAUUGGUUCUUUUGAUGAGACAUGUACUAGAUUUUACUCUGCUGAAAUAGUUUGUGCACUAGAAUACUUGCAUGCAAAGGGGAUUAUUCACAGGGACCUUAAACCAGAGAAUAUUCUUUUGAGUGAGGAUAUGCAUAUUCAAAUAACAGAUUUUGGAACAGCAAAACAGUUAUCCUCCGACAGCAAACAAGCCCGGGCAAACUCUUUUGUAGGAACUGCACAGUAUGUCUCCCCAGAACUGCUGACUGAGAAGUCUGCUUGCAAAAGCUCCGACCUCUGGGCUCUAGGUUGUAUAAUCUACCAGUUGGUGGCAGGCUUGCCCCCAUUUAGAGCCGGGAACGAGUACCUAAUAUUCCAGAAAAUAAUAAAGCUGGAAUAUGAAUUUCCAGAGAAAUUCUUUCCUAAAGCAAAGGACCUUGUUGAACAGCUUCUGUCUUUGGACCCUUCCAAACGUUUAGGCUGUGAUGAGAUGGGUGGGUAUAACCCCCUGAAAGCUCAUCCAUUCUUUGAGACUAUCACGUGGGAGAACCUUCACCUUCAGACUCCACCUAAGCUCACCCCCUACCUUCCCGCAAUGUCAGAGGAUGACGAGGACUGCUAUGGAAACUACGACGACCUCCUGAGCCAAUUCAGCAACAUGCAGGUGUCCCAGUCGACCUCGUCGCACACGCUGGCCGUGCCCGAGUCCGCCCCGCCGCAGAGGUCCAACAGCAACAUCGAGCAGUACAUCCAUGACCUGGAUAACAACUCAUUUGAGCUGGACCUGCAGUUCUCAGAUGAGGAGAAGCAGCUGCUGCUGGAGAAACAGACCAGCGGCAAUCCCUGGCACCAAUUUGUAGAAAACAACUUGAUACUUAAGAUGGGGCCAGUGGACAAACGGAAGGGGCUGUUCGCUCGUCGACGCCAGUUGCUACUGACUGAAGGCCCUCACCUUUACUAUGUGGACCCGGUCAACAAAGUCCUGAAAGGAGAGAUUCCCUGGUCCCCAGAGCUGCGGCCAGAGGCCAAGAACUUCAAGACGUUUUUCGUUCACACGCCUAACAGAACAUAUUAUCUAAUGGACCCUAGUGGGAAUGCAGACAAAUGGUGCAAGAAGAUUCAGGAAGUGUGGAGGAAGAUUUACCACAAGCACCAAAACACUGGCAGUUAGGCCCGUCGGCUGUGGGGGGGGCACCAGCUGACCAUGCAGUCGGACCCUCGUGCCAUGACGCCAGUCAUGGAUCAAAGAAACACCUUCCCUUGUGUCUUUAUCUGAACUGUUUUAACACCUGUUCUAGAAACGCUGGCCUCUAAGUUUCGUUCUCCAUCCCUAAAAGCAGUAGGGGAGGGGGUGAAAAAUGGGAAAAACGACGUGGAAUUCAGGGUUGCUUUGCUUGUUCUCUGUGCUGUAGUUGAGACGUCAUUGCAUAUCGUCGUCGCGCAUGAAUAUCCAGUUUUUUCCACCCGCCAGCUGUCCUGCUACCGACGAGCACAGGAGACACAAUAAGAAACAGCUUUGCGUGUGGAGCGCUUUACUGGGGUUAAUGUAGCAAUCCACAUGUGCUUAUAGACAAGCAGUAUAUACUGUGUAGCUGUGGUUACAGUUCCAGGCUAAAUCUGUGGCACCUUAUUUAGUAAUAAGUUAGACAAGGAGCCUUAAGUGGAGAAACAGUCGUCUCAUGUUAAUGCUGGCUUUCUCGGUAUCGGCCUGUGGGUGACGGUCACUUUUUUCCAUUUUUUUUUUUUUCAAAUUUUUAUUUUUUUUUCUUUCCUGCAGAAUUACAGUGGUACUUUAAAUUUCAUCAUCUCUGCAUCAGUUGUUGAUUUCUGGAUGACUGACAGAUUACGAUCAGUAAAACUAAAUCCAAAUCGUAUUAAGCAAUUAAAAAAUCGUGCAACAUUCAAGUCUCACCAAAAUAUUUGCUUACUCUCCCUGCAUGGCCAGUUGUAAAUUGCAAAUUCAGUAGUUUUUGCCUUGCUGGCUUUUAUAAAAAAAGUCACCUUGGAGAAUUGCAGGUGUGUCAUAGAGAGUAGUUGAGUAUAUAAGAUUUCCACUAAGAUGAUGACAGUAGCUGAUGUAAUUAUAUUAUUUGACUGUACUGUGCCAGUAGAUGGCAUUUCUCUUUGCAAAUAAUCAUAAAUGUCUGUCUGGUCGCGGCACAAUGUUCAAACGUCUGUCCACUGAAAACUGAAUCCAAACGCUGUCUGUUCACCAGAUGUAGAACAAUGUGUCAACCAGGUGUAGGAAGAGCCUAUUUCUACUAAUGUAAGGAAACAAUCACAGCAGCAAUCACAGCUUCUCCAUUUUGACCUGUACAGUCCACGCAAGGUUUACUGAGAGCAUGAUGUUCACAGAUACGUCUGGUGUUUCUGCAUUUUGACGUGAAAGGAUGUUUGAUUUUUAUGGUACAGUGCGAGAGGCCCUCAGGAUGGACCAGUCGCUGGUUGUGUUUUCACAGUUGAGCUGAUCUGCCACAGGUGACUGUGUGGACUCUGUAUUGGGGGGAGGGAGGUAUGGGGGGGAGGGGCAGCUUCGAGACUAUUGCGUAAAUCCAUGUAUUUGGAUGUCAGCAAAAGACGUUCGAUCCAAAUAGCAGUUUUAAGUGCUGUAUCUAUAUGAAAUAAGCAAGUACUACAGGAAGUGUAUUUUUCUCUUGCUAGAACUUUUUUUUUUUUAUCAAGUUGGCGGGAGUCGGUUACAUUAUGUAUUUAAUACUCUACCUGGUUUGUAACCGACCAGAACUGUGAUGUACAGAAGAUGUAUUAUUGAAAUCUGAAGUAAUGCAAUGAUAUUAGGAUACACACUUUGUAUUUUUAUUCUUGUAUAAGGUUAUUUGCUGGCUAUUGUUUAGCCUCUAGUUCAUUCUGUGUUAUUUAAAUUCUAAUAUAUGAAUCAUAUUUGGAUUUAAGUCAUGUUCAGGGGCCAUGUUGUGUAUGUAUUGAGAUGUAAAGCCUUUGAAUGUGAAUAAUUAUUGUAAACUAUGAUAUUUUACAGCUUUUUUUCUUACUAUAUUAUAUACAUUUUCUAUUUGGUCAGUGAUUUAAUCAUAUUUCUCAUAAUUUAAUGAAUCUGUUAAUUUGCCCAUUAUAUUUGUGCUCUAGGUAUAGUUGUUGAAUGAUGAAUUUCCCACGUACUGCUUGGUAGUCCUGUAAUAAAAGCAUGUAGAGUUUUAGGCAGAAUUA